AUGGGACUGUUGGUGUUUAUGCGUAACCUGCUGCUAGCCCUCUGCCUCUUUCUAGUACUGGGAUUUCUGUACUAUUCUGCUUGGAAGUUGCACCUCCUCAGAUGGGAGGACUCAAGUAAGUAUGAGCACCGUCACUCCCCUGCCACGUCAAAACCUGUGGCAAAAUAUGACAAACUGGGCUUUCUCCUGAACCUGGACUCAAAAUUGCCUCCAGAAUUGGCAUCAAAGUAUGCAAAUUUCUCUGAGGGAGCGUGCAAGCCUGGGUAUGCAUCAGCGCUCAUGACUGUCAUCUUUCCAAAGUUCUCGAAGCCGGCACCAAUGUUCUUGGAUGAUUCCUUCAGGAAGUGGGCGCGUAUCAGGGACUUUGUACCCCCUUUUGGAAUUAAAGGACAAGAUAAUCUGAUCAAAGCCAUCCUGUCAGCAACCAAAGAUUACCGUCUAACUCCAGCUCUUGACAGUCUCAGCUGCCGGCGAUGUAUUAUUGUGGGAAAUGGUGGAGUACUUGCAAAUAAGUCGUUGGGGUUAAAAAUUGAUGACUAUGAUGUUGUCGUCAGGUGA